GAGGGGCUGCUUUUAACACAGGCGGGCUGUGGCAAUUGCAGUGUAUGCUGCAUUCAGAAAGCAAGGCAUCUGGAACAGAGAUGUGUGAAGUUAGCGGCUCACUAAGCACCAGGAUGUCUAUUAUCCUCAGUUAUUGAUGUGGUUUUUGCAUCUCUAUAUUUUUUUCCCUGUUGUUUUUGCAGAAGUGGGGAUCUGACUCCCAUUCUGUUAUUACAGACACACAAUCCCAAGUGAUAGAAAUAACAGGAUGAAGCAGUGUUAAGAGAGAAGUUCUACAAAAAUGCAUCUGACGGAGCCAGGAGAAGAUGAUGGAAUUUAGAGGAACAGAUACAGUUGCGGAAUAAGCAACAUGCCUGACUGCACUUGAGUCAGAUCACUGUGUAGCAGUCUUCAUCUUGUAUUAUAAUAUGUGUUAUGGCUGAAUGGAGAAUAGCAAAAUAGCAAUGGAACUAAGAAAAGCGGCAUUUUUCUAGAAUCAGUGGUAUGUAAUUUUCUUUCUUUGAAGAAGAAAUUGGAGACAGAAACACCAAGAAGCCAUGAGGAACAGAGUGGAGAUAUCCUAUCUUCCUAGUCCGUCCUUGGGGCUUUUAUUGUAACACAAAUACAUACUACUACAUUUGUAUGUGUUUUGGACUUAUUCUAGCAAGGAUUCAGGGCUACAUUUUUUGUGAAGGUAGAUUGACAUAAAAGUCCCCCCAUGGUUUCUGCCCUAUUGAAGAGCCUGAUCUUAUCCUAUAUAUAUAAGCUUUGCAAAGGAAUGUUUACAAAGAAAUUGGGGAAUCCUAUAAAAAAGAAAGAAAUUCCAAGCAAAAAGGAACAGGAUAUUUUCCAAUUUGGUCAAUCAAAGAACCCUACUAUCUCAACAACAAUAAAAAGCACAGUGAAAAAGAUUGCCAAGUGUUCAUCGUCUUUUAACCUAUCAACCGAGGAAGACAACUCCAAGAAGGAAUUUUCUCUUUCUCCGACAUUUAGUUAUAGAGUUGCAAUAGCAAAUGGGCUACAGAAAAAUGCCGUUGUAACAGGUAGCAAUGAGGAUGCCCUUCAAGAAGUUUCGUCUCUUGAUAGUUCGUAUUCUGAAUCCUUAAGUGAUACAAGGGCUGGUAGUGUCACAAAAGAAUACCUUUCACACACAAUGCCAGUGAGGCGUAACAGGAAAAGUCUGAGCAGUCUAGCUCCAUCAGAUGGUAGCUCAGAAGGGGAGCGUACAUUACAUAGUCUAAAGAUGGGUGCUUUACGCAAACUGAGAAAAUGGAAAAAGAGUCAAGAGUGUGUCUCAUCAGAUUCAGAAGCUAGCACAUGGAAAAGAACAUGGGGGUUACGGAGUAAGUCUUUAGAUAGGACUGUCCGUCAGCAGAAAACCAAUACACUGGAACCUGCCUUUAGCUCCACUGGUUGCAUAAGUCAAACACAUGAUGUAAUGGAAAUGAUUUUUAAAGAGCUGCAAGGUAUCAGUCAGAUUGAAACUGAACUGUCAGAACUUAGAGGACAUGUGAAUUCUCUUAAACAAUCAAUUGAUGAAAUUUCAAGCAGUGUCGAGGUUGUUCAAAGUGAAAUUGAACAGUUACGGUCAGGAUUUGUACAGUCAAGAAGAGAAACAAGGGACAUACAUGAUUAUAUUAAACAGAUAGGAAACCAAGGAAGUAAGGCUAGUCUUAGGUUUUUAAAUGUGCCUGAACAAAAAUUAGAAAAUUGUGAACAUGUUGUUUAUAGAAUCCUGGUAGAAAAAAUGGGGUUUUUGGAUGCACCAAAUAGCAUGAAAAUUGAAAUUGCUCAUAGAAUAGGACAACAACGGGAAUGCCCCAAUGCAAAACCUAGACCAAUUCUUGUAUAUUUUGCAACUCCUCAAGACAGAGAUUUAAUUUUGAAAAAAUGUUAUAAACUUAAGGGGACUGGAAUCGGGGUUUCAACAGAUAUCCUUGCACAUGAUGUGAAAGUUAGAAAAGAAAGGGCCUUACCAAUAUCUCAGACCUAUGAAAGCAUGGACAUGACAUUUCCAUCCAUGGAACCAAAGAUUAAUCAUGAUGAAUGGGAAUCACACGAUGACAGUGAUAAAGAAUUAGAGCCGGACAUAAACAGAAAUAGUUAUGCAACAAUCUCCAAGUCAGAGGCCCAGAUCAAAAAAAGCAGUACAAGAAGAAGUGGCCAAACAUCACAUAAUAGAAAGCCUCACAGGACUUCCGAUGACGCUGCAUAUAAAAACAAAGAUGAUUAUGGAGAUCUUCAUUUUCAGUCCCCAGGAUCUGAUUCCUUAGAAAAGCAAAAUAAGAUAUAUUAUGCUGAUGUGACACCUCUGUGGCAUUCACAAACAGACUUUUCAACGCCAAAACUGAGUCGCUCAGAAUCUGAUUUUUCCAAACUGUGUCAAUCCUACUCUGAAGAUUUUUCAGAGAAUCAGUAUUUUGUUAGAACUAAUGGCAGCUCCCUGCUGUCUUCUUCUGAUCGUGAGCUGUGGCAAAGAAGACAGGAAGAUGGUUCAUCUAACUGGUAUCCAAGUUCACAAGAACAGGCUUUCAGUAAUGAUGCAGAACAGUACGUAGAAGAAAAUGAAAUGGAAAACACUGAAACUGUGGAUAGCGGUGUCAGUAAUGGGAUACUAUGUGCUUCAGGAGACCACAGUCAUUAUAGUGAUUCUCAAUUUUCUUUGCAUGCUGAUAUGUCACCAUGGAAAGACUGGCAUCACUUGGAACAAGGUACCGAUUCUGGAGUUGACACUUCUUCUCAGCAAGUUUUUGCUUAUAACAUUAACUGCCCUUCAGAUCAACAAGUGGAAAUGUAUGCAAACAACUAUGAAAAGUGCCAAAGUACAGAUCUUCCAUGCAAUACAGGGAGCUAUGAUUAUACACUAGAUGGCAAUUCUCCAUCUUGUACCGAAAUAAACAGUGAAGCACAAAAUCAGUGGUCUACCGAAUAUGAUUCCUACAUGGAAACAAAUGAUAAUGAAAUCUAUCAAAACCAAACAAGAUUACCCACAAUGUACCGAAGUCAGAGUGAACUACAGAGUGAUGAUUCUGAGGAUGCACCACCAAAGUCAUGGCAUAGCCGGCUAAGCAUUGAUCUUUCAGAUAAGACCUUUACCUUUCCUAAGUUUGGAUCUACUCUUCAACGUGCUAAAUCAGCCUUGGAGGUGGUUUGGAAUAAAAGCACCCAGAGCUUAAGUGGCAAUGAUGAGAGUGGUUCCUCAUUUAUGGGUCGCUUCCGGACAUUAUCGCAAUCUACUGCUAAUGAAUCUAGCACGACUCUCGAUUCUGAAGUGUACACAGAGCCUUUUUAUUAUAAAGCAGAUGACAAUGGGGAUUAUGGUGAGUCAGCUGCAGAUAAUGACCAGGGAGCCGAUUAUGUUGAAGUUAUGGAGCAGGUUCUUGCCAAACUUGAAAAUCGAACAAACACAAAUGAAAAUUUUGAACAGACUGAAGAAUAUCAAGAUUAUGAAAUUAGUUCAUAUGACCCAGAAUUGGAAACUCUACAAAUGGACUAUGAUGCCCAAUAUAAUGAAAUGCAAGCUGAAGAUGUUUUAGAACCCCAAUCAGAAAUUGUUUAUGAUAUGGGAGAGAAAGAUGAUGAAAAUGAAAACAUUAUAGAGAAGCCCAUUGAGGUUAUAAAGAAAAAAAGAAUCCGCCCUAGUUUUAAGGAAGCAGCAAUGAAGGCGUACAAGAAGGAAAUGGCUGACCUAGAGGAACGCAUUCUUGCAGGAGAUAGCAAAGCUAUGGAUGAAAAGGCACGAAUAGUUGGUGAAAAUUCUUUGAAUGCAUCCAAACUUUAUGAAAUCCAGACAUCUGGAGGAACUGGGCAUUACGGGAUCGAUAGUAUGCCAGACCUACGAAGGAAGAAAACACUGCCAAUUGUCAGAGAUGUGGCUAUGACAUUGGCUGCACGGAAAGCUGGGAUAUCUCUUGCUAUGAUUAUCCGAACAUCUCUGAACAAUGAAGAACUGAAAAUGCAUGUCUUCAAAAAGACAUUACAGGCAUUAAUCUACCCAAUAUCAUCAACCACUCCCCACAACUUUGAAGUAUGGACAGCAACCACCCCAACAUACUGUUAUGAAUGUGAAGGACUGCUCUGGGGCAUCGCAAGACAAGGCAUGAGGUGCACCGAGUGUGGUGUCAAAUGCCAUGAAAAGUGCCAGGACCUACUAAAUGCAGACUGCUUGCAAAGAGCAGCAGAAAAAAGCUCCAAACAUGGUGCAGAGGACAAAACUCAAAACAUAAUUAUGGCAAUGAAAGAAAGGAUGAAAAUCAGGGAAAGAAACAGGCCAGAAGUUUUCCAGCUAAUUCAAGAAAUGUUCCUGAUACCCAAGGAAGACUUUGUUCAACACACAAAGACAGCUAAGCAAAGUGUUCUGGACGGAACCUCCAAGUGGUCAGCUAAAAUAAACAUCACAGUGGUUAGUGCUCAGGGCUUGCAAGCGAAGGAUAAAACAGGUUCAAGUGAUCCGUAUGUUACUGUUCAAGUUGGAAAAACCAAGAGGAGAACUAAAACAAUAUUUGGCAACUUAAACCCGGUGUGGGAUGAAAAAUUCCAUUUUGAGUGCCACAACUCUACAGACAGAAUAAAAGUGAGAGUUUGGGAUGAAGAUGAUGACAUUAAAUCCAGAGUUAAACAGCAUUUCAAGAAAGAGUCUGAUGACUUCCUUGGGCAAACAUUUGUGGAUGUGCGGACCCUUAGUGGAGAGAUGGAUGUCUGGUACAAUUUAGAGAAACGUACAGAUAAAUCCGCUGUCUCUGGGGCAAUUCGGAUGAAAAUCAAUGUUGAAAUUAAGGGGGAAGAGAACGUGCCUCCAUACCAUGUACAAUAUACUUGCUUGCAUGAGAACUUAUUCCACUACCUGACAGAAGUGCAGAAUAACGGCAUUGUUAAGAUCCCUGAAGUGAAAGGCGAAGAAGCUUGGAAGGUUUACUUUGAUGACGCUGCGCAGGAAAUAGUGGAUGAAUUUGCAAUGCGCUACGGAAUUGAGUCUAUUUAUCAAGCUAUGACGCACUUUUCCUGUCUGUCUUCUAAAUAUAUGUGCCCUGGUGUUCCUGCUGUCAUGAGUACAUUGCUGGCAAAUAUUAACGCCUUCUACGCUCACACCACUGUCUCAACGAACGUAUCUGCAUCGGACCGGUUUGCUGCAACCAAUUUUGGCAGGGAAAAGUUUAUUAGGCUGUUGGAUCAGUUGCACAACUCCCUGAGGAUCGACCUUUCAAAAUACAGAGAUAACUUUACGGCUAGUAAUCCUGAAAGGCUCCAAGACCUAAAGUCAACUGUGGAUCUGCUAACAAGCAUCACCUUUUUUCGCAUGAAGGUUCUUGAACUCCAGAGUCCACCAAGAGCAAGCAUGGUGGUGAAGGACUGUGUGCGGGCUUGUUUAGACUCUACAUACAAGUAUAUAUUUGUCAACUGCCAUGACCUUUACUCACAGCUAUUAGAUCAGGGAAAGAAACAAGACAUUCCAAGAGAAGACCAAGGUCCAACAAUCAAAAACCUGGAUUUUUGGCCAAACCUCAUAACUCUAAUGGUCACUAUUAUUGAUGAAGAUAAGACCUCAUACACACCAGUCUUAAAUCAGUUUCCCCAGGAGCUUAACAUGGGUAAACUCAGCGCAGAGGUCAUGUGGAAUCUGUUCGCCCAGGAUAUGAAGUAUGCAAUGGAAGAACAUGAAAAGCAUCGACUAUGCAAAAGCACGGAUUAUAUGAAUUUACACUUCAAAGUAAAAUGGUUUUAUAAUGAAUAUGUUCGAGAUCUUCCUGCAUUCAAGGAUACAGUUCCAGAAUAUUCUCUGUGGUUUGAACCCUUUGUUAUUCAGUGGCUGGAUGAAAAUGAAGAUUUGUCAAUGGAAUUUCUUCACGGUGCUCUAGGCAGAGAUAAAAAAGAUGGAUUUCAGGCAACAUCUGAACAUGCCUUGUUUUCCUGCUCUGUGGUUGAUGUCUUCACACGAUUAAAUCAGAGUUUUGAGAUUAUCAAGAAAUUGGAGUGCCCUAAUCCAGAAGCGCUUUCUCAUUUAAUGAGAAGAUUUGCAAAUACUAUCAACAAGGUUCUACUCCAGUACGCUACAAUUAUAUCAAAUGAUUUUGCCUCAUACUGUGGCAAAGACAAUGUGCCGUAUAUUCUAAUGAACAACAUUCAGCAACUAAGAGUCCAACUGGAAAAAAUGUUUGAAAACAUGGGAGGGAAAGACCUGGACCUUGAAGCGAGUGCGAUGCUGAAAGAUUUGCAAAUUAAGCUGAGCACCGUGCUGGAUGAAUUAAGUUCAACAUUCGGCACAAGUUUCCAGAGUGUUAUAGAGGACUGUGUAAGGCAAAUGAGUGUGGAAUUAAAUCAGAUGAGGGGCAAUGGAAAUGCAUCUGCAAACAGGAACAGCGCAGCAGUGGAUGCAGAAAUUGUGCUGCGGCCCCUCAUGGAUUUCCUGGAUAAAACGUUAUCCGUGUCAGCCAAAAUAUGCGAGAAGACAGUUCUAAAGCGUGUGCUGAAAGAGCUGUGGAAGUUGGUACUCAAUAAAAUAGAGAAACAAAUUGUACUGCCACCUCUAACAGAUCAGACUGGGACCCAAAUGAUUUUCAGUGCCGCUAAAGAUCUUGGACAAUUGUCUAAACUGAAGGAUCAUGUAAUCCGAGAAGAAGCCAGAAGCCUUACACCACGGCAGUGCUCAAUCAUGGAAGUUGUGCUAGCCACGAUUAAGCAAUAUUUUCAUGCUGGAGGAAGUGGUUUAAAAAAGAAUUAUUUGGAGAAAAGCCCAGAGUUACAGUCUCUGAAAUAUGCUCUCAGCCUUUAUACCCAAACUACUGAUGCUUUGAUAAAGAAGUUUGUAGACACGCAGUCUUCUCAAGGUUUGUCCUUGGAGAACUCUGUAGGAGAAAUCUCAGUUCAGGUGGACAUAUUCACACAUCCUGGGAAUGGAGAGCACAAAAUUACAGCAAAAAUUGUGGCUCUGAACGGCUUGGUGUGGCAAACAACUGCUAUGUUCCGACCAUUCGUUGAAAUCUAUGUAUUGGGUCCCAACCUCAGCGACAAAAAAAGGAAGUUUGGAACUAAAACCAAGAGCAAUACAUGGGCUCCAAAAUACAAUGAAACAUUUCACUUCAUUCUGAGUAAUGAAGAUGGCCCAGGGGCAUAUGAGAUUCACCUCUGUGUGAAGGAUUACUGUUUUGCCAGAGAGGAUCGCAUUAUAGGCAUGACUGUUAUCCAGCUGAAAAACAUCGUGGACAAAGGAAAUUGUGCCUCGUGGUAUCCCCUGAUUAAAAACAUCUGCAUGGACGAAACCGGCUUGACAAUCUUGCGAAUACUUUCUCAGAGGUCCAACGACGAAGUUGCGAAGGAGUUUGUAAAGCUGAAAUCUGACAUUCGGUCUCCAGAAGAAAUCUAGAAUGCUGGUAGAGCAUGUGGCGCCACCUCUGCAAAUUCUAUAUAAAGAUUAACAUUGGUACAGUGUUGUCAUUUGAAUAGUGUAUGCAUGUGAAAAUCAGUGGGAAUGUUUCUUUUAAUAUGUUUAUGUGUUUGCUAGUACACAAGUACUAUAUUUGCAAGGUAUGUUGAAGAAGAUGACUCAUUUUUUUGUACGACUGACAUUGGGCAAGGACUGGUUCCCAUAAAGUGCCAAAAAUCUCCAGCCAACGACUUUGACGUAAACUCUUUUUGUUGGUGAAACAAAAAAAAAAAUACCAAUUCCACCUGGGUUGAAUACUAAGGUAUUGUUUUUAUAUCUUGUAUCUGUUAAAUAAAUGUAUGUCUCUGUGUAGUCUUUGAUUGAUUGAAUUACCUCUUUUUCUCAUUUUUGCAAUCAUUUUCUCUGUAAGAGGUUACGUAUUUUUUAAAAAAGAUGCAUUAUAUGGUUUCUGUUCAUUACCAAAUUGGUUGUUAUUUUGUCUAAAUCAUUUAUCGAUUUUUGUUUUCCCAUAAAACCAUGAAGCAUGAAGGAAUGGAUGGGGCUAUUUUUGCAUAAUAUAGAUCACCUUUCUGGUAUAUCACUGUGAAGACAUACACUAAACAACGUUCUACAAUUCCAAAUUGAAAUUGAUAUUGUUCUAUACCAUGUUCAUCAGCGCCGUAUCAAUUCCUCCAUAGUGCUCAUGCGCAAGAUAUCUGUGCUCGUUAAUAAUUCAUGUAGAUUUGUCUGAAGGUUAAGGGAUAACCGGAAAUAUUGCUCCUUGUCAUUAAUAGUAUUGGCAUAUUUUCCAUAAAUUUUGCAGUAUUUUUGUAACAUGAAAAAAAUGCCUUCUGCAGACCAUCCCUAAAUAUAAUUUCAUGCAUGUGUUUAAAUCUGUUGAUUGCUAAAGAGGUGUUCAGGUGCAUUGAUAAAUUGCUUUCUCCUCUCUAAGGGUUAAUUAAAAAAAAAAAAACAUUUUAUGAAUACCAAGGAUAAUGGCAUGGAUGGUGUGAUUCUAACUGGUGCUUGUUUUGGAAAUUAUGCUGUUUGUGUUAUCACAAACAGAAAUAAAUGUUAUGUUGUAUACUUAGCUGACAUAGCAGUUAAGUGUUUCUUUUUUAAGAAAAAAAAGUUUAAAAAAUUCAAUAGUUUGUACUUAUGCAACAUAAAAAAUGUAUUGCACUGAGGCAAAGUCAUGUCUUGUAAAUAUAUUUAGUGAGACAUUGUAAAAUAAAAGUCUGAAGAAACAGA